AGGGAGGGGGAGGAGUAAACUGCUUCUACCCUUGUUGCCCUGGAAACAGCUACGAAGGACCUCUGAAGGGGCUAGCUGGUGAAAUCUUUCCCCUCUCCCAGAGAAGGAGAAAUGUCUUGAAAUGGGAAAUUAUGGGUGUUGCUGCUUCAACUGAGCUCCAAAAACAAGAAGAUUUGAUGGCCCAUGAUGUUCACGCCAGGAGGGCAUGAGAUCCGAUGCUCAGUCUGAGAUUUCUUCCAGUGAUCCUGGCAAUGCUUUUGAAACUUUUUUUUAAUAGAGUGGGACUUUUGCAGCAGUUGGUAAAGCUAGAAAGAAAGAAAAGAAACCAGAGACAGUCUUCCAUGCUUCUGUGUGAUUGGAAUGGCAUGAGGCAGCACAAGAGUCCUUCACUUCCAGCAGAAGGAAGGCCUUGAGCCAGAGCAGCCUGUGAGGGAAGACCUUUCAGAAGACCAAGCCAAUGGAAGGAGAAGUUGUUGCAUUUGACUGUGGCCCAGGGAAGACUGGACAAGGCUACUGUAAACAAGUCCAUUACUAUGUGGGGGAGACUGCAAACUGGGUAGAAGGAAGGGGGGAAUGAGGAAGAGAGCACAUUCCAGAGGAUGCCAGGAUGUCUAUCCUCUGAUUGGCUGACCACUGCUCAAUGGCUGGUGGAAAAGGAGUGAACCUUUCAGUCUGCUUUGCCGGAGCUAAAAUAACAGAAUUCCAGUUACAGGUACAUGUGACAAUGCUGCAGCUAUGAGUGGAAUUUUAAUGAGGAAGUUUGAAGAAGUUGGCGGCUCCUCAAUCUUCUCUGUGUGGGAAUCGGAUGAUGAAGUUUCUAGCGGCAAAAGCGCUGACGAUGGUGAUAGUGUCAAUCUGUCCACUUCAAAUCAUUUUAUUCGACAAAAUAAGGAAAUAUCUACAGACUGAAAACGUGUCUUCAGAGGUCUAAAAUCUGCUGGGAGACAUCUUUGAGGCCAAAAGGUACGUGUGACAGUGCUGCAGCUAUGAGUGGAAUUUUAAAGAGGAAGUUUGAAGAAGUUGAUGGCUCUUCACCCUGCUCUUCUGUGCGGGAAUCAGAUGAUGACGUUUCUAGCAGCGAAAGUGCUGACAGUGGUGAUAGUGUCAACCCCUCCACUUCAAAUCAUUUUACUCCGUCAUCAAUCCUGAAAAGGGAGAAGCGGAAGAGGACAAAAAAUGUUCAUUUUAAUUGUGUUACCGUGUACUACUUCACAAGAAGACAAGGGUUCACAAGUGUCCCCAGCCAAGGAGGCAGCACCCUGGGCAUGUCUACCCGUCACAACAGUGUGCGCCAGUAUACACUUGGGGAGUUUGCAAUGGAACAGGAAAGGCUUCAUCGGGAGAUGUUGAGAGAGCAUCUAAGGGAAGAAAAACUGAACUCUUUAAAGCUCAAGAUGACUAAAAACGGCACAGUGGAAUCCGAGGAAGCAAACACUUUGACGCUAGAUGACAUUUCUGACGAUGACAUAGAUCUAGACAACACAGAAGUUGAUGAGUACUUCUUCCUCCAACCUCUGCCCACCAAAAAGCGAAGGGCCCUCCUGCGAGCUUCAGGAGUCAAGAAAAUUGAUGUGGAAGAAAAACAUGAGCUGCGAGCCAUCCGCCUUUCGCGGGAGGACUGUGGCUGUGACUGUCGAGUCUUCUGUGACCCGGAAACAUGUACUUGCAGCCUUGCAGGCAUCAAAUGCCAGGUGGAUCGUAUGUCUUUCCCAUGUGGUUGCACUAAAGAAGGGUGUAGCAAUACGGCAGGUAGAAUUGAAUUUAACCCCAUCCGUGUUCGGACUCACUUUUUGCACACUAUAAUGAAGCUUGAAUUGGAGAAAAGCAGAGAGCAGCAAGUCCCUGUGCUGAAUGGUUGCCAUGGUGAGAUAAGCGCUCACAGUAGUUCAAUGGGCCCCACUCCCCACCCCCUAGAGUAUUCAGUUCCAGACAACUUUGAGAUCGAAGCCGAACCUCGGGCUACCGUGAUGCACUUGCAGUCAGCUGAUGACUUGGACUGCCCAGGGGAGGAGGAAGAAGAAGAGGAAGAGGAGGAAGAUGCAAGUAGUUUUUGUAGUGGAGUUACAGAUUCCAGCACACAGAGUUUAGCACCCAGUGAAACAGAUGAAGAUGAGGAGGAAGAAGAGGAGGAUGAGGAGGAGGAUGACGAAGAAGAAAAAGCUGAUGAGUUUGUGGAAGGAUUGGGUGCUCAUGCUGACAUGGUCCAAUCGCUUCCUUCUGUCCUUUGCUAUUCUGACAGCACUGCCAUGCAUGAAAACCACUCAAAGGCCUCCUCCUAUUACACCAACUCUUCAGCGCUUUAUUACCAAAUAGAGAACCAUGGCCCUGGCGCCCCUAACCCGAUUCGUGAGACUUACUCUGAAAGGGACACUGUUAAGAAUGGUAAUCUUUCUCUGGUGCCUUAUAAUCCAGCUUCAGAACAGUUUGUUGACUAUGCGCGGCAAUCAGAGGAAAGUUAUGGCAGCUCACUUUACCCAUCUUCAAACCCCUCUGUCAUAGUUUGCUGCUCCUCCUCAGAAAGCAACAGCACAGUUGCAUGUAGUAGUUUAUAUGCUGAGCAUAGGCCAAGACACUCCCAAGUGGACUUUCCCUCCUACUUGAAAAGUCCUUCUCAAGAGGGAUUCGUUUCCUCUUUGAACGGUAGCGCUCACCUCCCAGAGCACCCUGCUGAGAAUUCCCUCGGCCUUUCAGAAAAGAGCAGACUGCAUGAAGAGUGUAUUAAGUCACCUGUGAUGGAAACGGUACCUGUUUAAGUUAUUAUAGGACUGAGUCCCUUUAUUUAAAUGCACUCUAUUUUAAUUGGAUUCCCUUGAAUGGUUAUUUUCCCCCCCCAGCAAUGGAGUAAGGAGACAGACUGUGGUUAAUGGUUUGAUUCUUUUUUAUUUUCAAACUAUCCUGGCUGUAGCCAUUGCACAAAAGAACAGUUCAUGUAAAAAGCAAAAUUUAAAGGGGGGAAAUCAAGUGGUCUUUUGAUAGAAAAUGCCGAGAUUUAAAAAAAACACAACACCCUAAAAAAUAGCCGUCUACCCGUCAAAUAAUGCGAAGCAGGUCUGUCUGAUUCCAAGCUUCUCAUUCUGUUGUGGGGCCUGUGCAAGACAGUGAAAAUAAGACUUUAGAAUCUUCAUGUAGAGUACUAACUUUUCACAGAUAUUUGAAGAAGAUGGUGACUUUUUAAAUGUAGAUGUGAUUACUGUACAAAAAGAUUGAAUUGUUCUGUACUGUAUAUUUUAUUUAUUGUAGCUUAGUACUCAUGUCUUGAUAAAAAUGAACAGCGUGUUCAUUUGAGCUGAACAUUUGAGCAGAACAGCACAGCCACUUAAAAUUUCAUCAAAACUUGACAUGGAAAACACAUGGUUUGAAGUGCCCAAUUAGUAACCUACACAUCUAGAAUGCAAUCCAGGAAGUACUGCUCCUUAGCAUCCUCCAUCCAUUUCAGUGGCAUUUGGGUAGAGCACUUGCUGAAGCUCCCUAGAAAGGGAGGAAGGAAGGAAAUACACCACCAGCAGCAAUUCCUGCGUUUGUGCUCCUAGACGUGGAUGUGUUUUAGAAAAGGCGAAAUGUCGGACAAUCCUCUAGUUUUUAAACAAUUGUGGCCGCAACGUCCCUGGAGAAGAAAGGAAGCUGGGCACAAUCCAGCAAAGCCUCACUGCAACUAAGGGUGGGAUCCUAUAUUUAUUUGAGUGAUGGCAUUUUCCAAUCAGCUUUCUAACUGAGAGUUACCCAUGCCAGUGUACCAUAUUAAAUAUGAUGGGUAUGAUUCAAUAGUCCUUCACAUCUUCCCCACCCUGCCCCAUGUAUGCUGGUCCACAUACAGGAGUCUACUGCCACUGGCCCCUCUUCCUAUCAACCACCCUCCCCAGGGGUUGAGAGUGUUGCUCACAAGCACAGGCUGUUAGGAGAGUAACUGGAUUGGGCUGUCGAUGGAAUAGAUGUUACCUCCAUGGUGACUGCUUUCCGGUGCAACUCUGAUAAUGUAAAGAAAUGAAACAAAAUGUGACCACAUGGACAUGCUCCCUCUAAUAUUUUUCAUUGGUGUGUGGAAUGAGCGUUGUUCCGGGCAGCAGUAUCAAGGCAGUGUGCACACACAUGCAUUCGGAGUGGGGCCUGUCUGAUUCUACCUGAGUGGGAUCUAAAAUUAACUGAGCGGACAUUUAAAAACUUGUGUGCACAUAUACUUGUGCACGCCUUAGAGGGAACACUGCACAUGAGCGACCUCCAUUGCCACCACACAUUCCGUACCAGAGUGAUGUGGGAAACAGCCACAUAGAAGUGGCAACCACACUGCCAGGGGAACAUAAAAGCCAGUCCAAGGGUCCACUGACAUCAGCAGGACUUGAUUGAGACACAAGUCUCAUUCCAUUACUUUCAGUGGGACUAAGUUGCAUCUAUCAUUUGGUGGAUUGUGCCUUGUCUUCAAACCUCAGUGUUCACAUUCACAGCCUCUUGUUGCCUGCAAACAUACAGCUUACUAAUGCACUUUAGUGCCUCUUUGCAGUACCUUCCUACUUCUGGAGGCUAUGAAAAGUCUUGAGAGACCUGCCAGAUUGUGGGAUUUUCUUUUCUUUCUUUUUUUAUAAACCAUAUCAUAUAUAGACCACAUGCAAAAGGAGACAAUGCAGGUGUUCCCUUGCAGCUUUUUGAAACAGAUCAUUACUAAGGGGAGAACAAUAUUCUGUCUGUUGAGAAAGCACUACCUACUGAGAGCACUGCAUAUGGGAGUCAAAGAGAUCUAGGGGGCAUUUAGCCAUUCACUUCUGGAUGAGUCAAGGUGUUUGGCCACCAUAACAUUCAGAUGUUCAAGGAAGUUGACUCCAUCAACAGGGAUAUGAUUUUCAUAAAGGACUUAAAAGAUAUAAAACUACUGUCUGUCUGACUGACAACUCCCUCGGACCUGUGUGUACAUGGAGUCCCUGUGCACGGGUCUACUCUGCUUCCUCUGUCGGAGAGAGCAGAUUUCUGUAUGCAAAAGAAUGCAGAACCAGAGCUGCUCCCUUCACUGAAGCAAACUGGAGAUCCUUGUAGGCAAGGGAGCUCUGUAUGCCAAUCAGAACUCAUCAGUUCAAAAAACCCAGCCUCUCUAGAUUAGGUCAAUCUAAAUAGAAAAUAUGUGUUUAUGACUUCUUGUGAGAUUUCAAGAAUCAUGCCUAUAGUGUAACCCAGACUACAAAUAUCCAGCCUCAGGGUUUCCCAUAUAACAGUUGAGUUCAGGGUUUCACCAUGUUCAGGUAACAUAAUCUAUACAAUAUGUUGUUUUGGAAGUUCUACUUUUAUUUAAAAGUACAAGUUAAUAGAGGACUCGUGCACGAUCUAUUCUUUAAAUCACUGUUUCAAGGGGCAAUUAUAAUUUAAAACUUGGUGCAUUACUAUUUAAAAUAUCACUUCUUUGACUGAGGAAUUUUAUCCUCUUAAACAGCUAGCUAGAAGUUGACUGGCCAUUGUGCUUGCGCCUUUGUGUGCAAUGAACAAUUGAUCUGCUGGUGCCAAUCCUCAUUGAAUAGCACCAGGGCAAGGAUCUAAGACAGGUCUGGCAUGUGCAGAUGUGAGAGUGGGCCCACUGAGGCACAUGGCCAUGACUAUGAUUAUUUGUAUGCACUUUGGAGGCAGGGGCCCAUCUUCUUUGCAAAUGAAAUGCUGUACAAUGCCAUUAUGUUUCAUUACCUCUCACCUGUGCAGUGCAGCCAUUGGCCUCCUGACAUAGGAUGUGGCUGUACCUUCCCAUCCACUUUCACAUGCAGAUGAGGAUGGACAUUCCGUAUGCUGACUGGGGCGACUGCCAGUUGCUUUCCUGCAUGCGAUACUUAUGAGUCAGAUGUAAUGACUUGUGCUGGGCUCUGGGUCAGGGCCAAUAUUUGUGUCAUUUGUUUUAAAUGAAGGCUCAUUUUUCUUUAUUUAAGCAAAUUAAUUUUCAAAAUGCCAUGGAACCCGCUGACUUCCUGACUAACAGUGCACUAGUGCAAGGAUGCUGUGCUAGUGCAAAGCGGUUGUGCUGGCUACUUGUGCUAAGCCUGGCAAUUGUGUCCCAGACUAGUGUUGCGCCACUGCAAGUGUGCUUGCACAACAGUUGUGUGACCUGUAGUAUGCCUCAUUUGUUUUAAAGACUCUAUUUAUGCAAGAGUGCGACUCCUCAACACCCCGAUCUUUGUGCAACUCUGUGAUCUUUUUUUUUGCACUAGCGCAAUGUUGCUUGUCAUGCAAGUGCUUCAUUAGCAUGUCAGCCACUGUUUGUAGGCAAUAUGGAAUGCAACCCUGUAUACGUUUAUUUAAAAGUCAGUCCCACUGAUUUCAGUGGGACCUAAUGCUAUAUAAGUGUACAUAGGAUUGCAGCCUACGUUUAUGUACUUCUAGAUCUCAUUUUGACAGGUGGCUAACUACUGUAUCUCAGUCGGGACUUCAACAUUUAUUUGACUGAUUUAAUCAAUUAAAACAUUUUGAUUGACUAAAAAGGUGCCUGUGAUUAAUUGGGGAGCAGAUUUUAAUUUUUCUUCUUCAUUACAAGUGCUUCUAAAGAUUGAACAUUUCAGGUACCACCUUGGAAGAGGCAUCCCUUCCUGUAUGAUGGAACAAGGGAUGCCUCUUUUAAGAUGGUGCCUGCUGUGCACAUGCAUCUAAAAUAAGAGAAAGUAUAUUGUUUUCUUUACAACAUUGGUUUUCUUAUAUGCAAGUUUAUGUAAAGGUAAUUGAUUAAUUGACUAAUAUAAUCAAUGGACUAAGAUUUCUUUAAUUGGGUUACAACUCAGUUCCCAAUACAUGUCACAAUCUAACAGAGUUUGGUACACUUGCACACACCAGAGUCAUUGAUAUUAUAGCAUCUAGUGAUUAAACUUGCAUGUCUGAAUGGGCUACCGCAGACUGAACUUUUGUAUCUCCUGUGAUGCAGUGCUGUUUAAUGGAGUCAGUUCACAUAUGCAGCUGCCAGGUCCUCAAGGGCAAAGAACCUGUGAUGUUGAUGCCUGUAUAAACCAGGCAUUAACUCCUAGUCCUGUUGAAAUCAAAACUCCUAGUCCUGUUGAAAUCAACUGGACUUCAGCACUGAAGCUACUUAAAUCGCAGCAAUGACAUUGUGGUUUUGCAUGUCUUAUGGAAGUUCCGAAACAGGAAGCACAAGGGAGUCGUGCUUCCUCUUUCUACAUUGCCAGGUUAUGUCACACAUUGAUUGCCCUUGCAUUUCUAUCCAUGGGAGAUGCUUGGCUUUUUGCUCAUUAUCCAAGAAGCAGGGAAAGAGGAAGCAUAACCUGCGUGUUUCCACAUCAACUGUGAAGCCUUUGCUUCUGUCAUGUCUGCAGAUGUUUGUUCCUACUGUCUGCAAGAAUACUAAAGUGAGGAUUGUUGUCACAAAGUACAGCUGCCUGAACAUCAGCUGAUGAUCAAACAAUGUGUCUAACAAAAUUACCUACCCAGAAGCAUAGCUUCCCCCCUGCUUAUAUUAUGGUGCAAAGAACACCACACACUUUCGUGUCUCUCUCUGUUUGCUUUAAGCUUCCUGACCCAAUUUUGUUCAGGAAUUUGCCACCCUGCGUAUUCCACCAGCUUGGUCAACAUCUGCCUCAUAGCAAGGCCCAGAGGCACUAGGCUAUCAGAAAGGCACCCAGCUUACUUCCCAUUUGUAAUUCAUAUUUGACAGCCCUAUGAAUUUGUUUGGAUUUUAUGUUUCUGUCUUCUUUUGGCCACAUAUAGCAUGAUGCAUGGGAGAGGUUGUGGUGAAUGAGGCUCCUGUGGUUCAGCUAAUUAUGUGCUGUCUUUCCUGCAUUGUGAGACUUUAGUUUUCUGUCUGAGCAUUCCUUCAGUGUGCCAAAAGGCUUGGUGUGACUAAAUGACAAACUGCAGUGAACGUUUUGCAUAUUCUGUUUUAAUUUUCAUGAUGGCUCUCUAGGCUGCACAGAUAAUGAAGAUGAUCCUGCUGAGUCUCCAUUGCUAAGAUACUUGAUGCCCACCCAUUUGUUUUAGAUGCCAGGCAGCAAGUCUGAGCACAGCAUUGCCACUGGAAACAAACUAGAAAAUGAAAUCAUUUUGCACAUUAAAAUUGACAGGCCAAAAGGAAAAGAAGAGAGAGCACUUUCCUAACCUACAUAUCAUAUUGUCAAUAAUCAGAGAUGGGGAGCAAUUUUGCUCCAGGAAAGAUUUGGUGGACUAGAAAUGUCUGUUUUUCCGAUCCACAUGCUUGCCCCAAGGAUGGUGUGGGUUACCUAAUGCAGGGAGUCCCCACAUCACCAGCUGUUUCUUUGACAAAGCAACUGCAGAAUCUGCCCUGCUGGCAUCAAGUGGUGUGAAUGUGUGGCCAACACAAUCAUGUGCGUUGAUGUAGGAGGUAAGUUCCCAAAGUGGUUUACAUAGAUAUAAAUAGCCAGAUUGACUGACAUGAUGUACAGCCUACUCUUUCCGUAAUGGUCCACUCCAGGGCUGCUGCGGACUUCAAAGGCAGCCCCAACACUGUUUUGAAGCUGUGUUUGCAGAAGCUGUGUUUCUGGAGGUUUCCCCAUUUUUGCAACCUCCAGAAACGCAGCUUUUGUAUUCACUGCUUCAAAACAGCAGCAGGGCUGCCUUGGCACAAUAGCCCUGGCAUGAACCAUUAUAGAAGCAAUAGGCCGUACAUCAGGUCAGAAGUGUUUAUAUCUAGAAGACUGGGUGGAAAAGGGGAGAGAAUGGAAAGGAAUAGAGAACUCCUUAAUGGACACAAAUUGGACGUCAGCAAGUAAAGUGAAUGAGAUUACCCCGUAUUGCUAAUCUUGUGUCAGUUAAUGGUUUUUCCACGCACAUAUUUUAUAAUAUUUGGGAGAAUACCUUUUAAAAACAAAUUUGACUUAAUGUAUCAACUCACUGACCUGGCAGGUUCUGCUUACAGAAGCCUAAUCUGGGUUAUAUCCAAAGGUUCCUUCAAAAGAAGACCAUCCUUCAUCUGGAAGAAGGUCCUUUCAUUGAUGAAAGAGAACCCUUGGAUCCAACCAAGUGCCCUUCAACUUCUAGCUCCUUAUACAGAUGGAUGUGACAAGAAGGAGAAACCAGAGCUGUAUCAGAUUUUCCCUCACAUAGAGGUCAUCCACAUAAUCAAAACGUGUCUUCUAUCCGGGUUUGGGAGCUGUGUGUGCCCCCAAUUUUUGGUUGUGUGGAAGCAAGUUAGGAGGAAAACUUGCCUAGAAGUGAUUGUGUGGAAGCAAGGUAGGAGGAAAAGCUACCCAAGUUUCGGCUCCCAAACCCGGGUAGAAUACAGUUUUUGAUUGUGUGAAUGACCUCAUAGUGUCCUUUGGCAAAUGGGGUCCAACAUAAAAGUGAUCCAGGCAUAGAUUAGCCUUGUAAUGGAUAAUUUGAUUUCUCCUAAAGCAUAAGAAGAGCCUUGUUGGAUCAGGCCCAAGGCCCCUAGUUCAAUAUCCUGAUUUCUACAGUCGCUGACCAGAUGUUUCUGGGAAGCCCACCAACGGGAGAUGAAGGCAUGUUCCCUCUUCUCCUAUUGUUCCCCUACAAAUGAUAUUCAGGGGCAUACUGCUUCUGAACCUGCAGGUAGCAUAUAGCCCUUAUGACUAGUAGCUAUUAAUAAACUUAUCCUUCUGGAAUUUGUCUAAUCCCUUUUUAAGGCCAUCCAAGCUGGUGGCCAUCACCACAUCCAGUGGCAACACACUCCACAGAUUAAUUACAUGAAUGCUUCUAUAAGCAUAUGGGAAUAUUUUAAAUCAUUGGUUCUACAAUGGAACAACUCCAGUAUUCUAAGCAUGUCUAAACACAAUUGAGAAACCCAUUUUUGUCUUGUUGAAUUAUUUUCAUUUUGUUUCCCUAUUAAUUCUCUCAGAAAAAUAGGAUUUUGUUUAAAACAUUACAUGAGGAUGUAGGGUAAUGUGGAUUAUAACACUCAUUUGCCACCAAACUAAACAGACUCCAUCUUGUUCAACACUGACAGACAAGCUCUAGCAAGACCUUAAAAUUAGCUGCCACAUACAGAUUGUGACACAUAGGCAAGUCUUUCUGUUUAGACUUACUGCAAACACCUUUCUUAUCAAAACCGAUCAUAUGACUCAUGAAGGUCAGGUUAAUCCAUGUCCUUAUUUACUAGAGACAGAGAUACCAAGUAAGAGAGAAACAAGGUGCCAAGUGUUACGGUAACAAACAGAAAUUAUGCCAACACUGUCUUGGAAGACAAGAAGUUUAUCUCUCUGCAUUCGGAAUAUAUGCCCCAGGGUAUAUGUGUCCUACAUGCUUAUGCUGUGGCUUUUUGGAUCAGGCAUCAUAAACUCAACAUCAGUGCAAGGCAAGGCAUUCCCUGAUGCCCAUGGGGGGAGGGGACUAGCCCAACGGGGGUCUCUAGUCCCCUGGGACUAGUGCUAUGGCACCAGUUGUCUUUUGCACUGCAGGUUUACCCCAGCGCUGCACUCUUGAACUGUACAAUGGCCUGUUAGCCUUGCAGGAGCAGUGCAGGCGCCAAUCCUACCCCUUAGAAGCUUUUGGGCUCAGAGGAGCCAUGACGGUACGAUGACACAUCAGCCAUAACUGAAAGUCAAGGAGGGGUCAUGGGAAUAGGGAUGGAUCCAGUUGGAUCUGCUCACUUAUGAAGCAUCGGGACAUGCUUCCAUGACUCCAGUACAAGUCGGUUAAUUGAAUUUAGGAGGUGAAAAUUGAACCAUGCAUUUAUUGUGGGGGAAAUGCCCCACCCCCAAAGAAGAGGUCUUUCUCCAAUGGUUCCAGGUUUCUUCGGCAACCGUAAGCCAAUUUCUUCAAAACUAAGUCCUAUAUUGACGCAUGUAUUUAAAAUUUUCGCUCAUUUGUACAUCACAUGAAUCACAUGCAAAUCUUCAUUUAAAGGACUAAAUUGCAGAUGUUGCUAUAGAAAUGCAUCUGAAAUAUAGUUCAUAAACAAACCAGUAUAGUAUUGCAUACUUUUUAUUGGAAAUUGAACAAUGCACACAUAGUAACAAAAUCACCCCCAAGAGUCACAGGCUUUCUGUAAUGAAACCAGCCUGCUCUUUGAUUGAACUGUUUUGCUGGUGUAACAGUUUUUCAAAACCAAAAGCAUUCAUAUGUGAACAGGUGUUAGUAACUUGUACAGACAACACAGCACUUUGUUAGAAUGAUACAGCUUAUACUGACUCACACUCUGUACAUUAUGUAAGAAAACUCAUUCAAAGAUUGUCAUAAAGACAUAUUUGCUAUAAGAAAUCUUUGAUUUGAACAAAAAACAGCUGUGUAUGACUUGUCCUCUCUUAAAAAACAAAAUCAAUUGCAACUGAGGUGUAAAUAAAUACUUAAGAAGCAUUAGUAACUGUGAUCUAGAAUGCUCUCAGUCAAUGAAGUAAAUAGUACGUUCAGCCAUGGGUCAAAUGGUAUGUCUAAUGCUAUUCUUUGGGAAAGGGCAUUUUUUGAAACUAAUGUUUUGAGACAGAGAUGCAGAUUCUAAUUGUUGCAGCCACUCUUAAAUUGUAAAUGAUGUUAACACAUGAUUAAACGGUCUUGCGGGGCCGGUUUUUGAACAUGGCAAAUGGGUCAGCCAUCAGGGGCAUAGCUAGGGGAGAGGGGCCCCAUCUUUGCCCCUCUCCCUGGAGGCCCCUCAGAGUGAGGGAGAUAGUGAAGAAAAUAGGGAGGGAUGGUGCUGGGGGCCCUCAAGAGCAGGGCCCCCGAGUUCUUUGAAUCCAUCUGCUCAAUUAUUGCUACACCCCUGGGCAGAAGCACCACACUACCACCACCAUAAAUGCCUUUUUACUGCGGGCUGAGUGGUAGUGUCCUCUCAGCAAACACCUUCCCACAUACAGUGCAGUGAAAUGUGGGUGGUGGAGUAUGGCCCACCCAUGCUGUUGCAGACCAGCCCCGUUCCAUUGCAACUUGCCAUUGUGUCAUGCAACUGUGCUUGUGCAAGUUGACUUUGCAGCGGAACAGGGCUGUUCAGCAAUGGCACAGGCAGGAUUUAGACACAUGUCACAGUGUAGCCAGUGCUGAACUGCCCACAUUUGCUGCGCUCUAUGUGGGUGAGUGCCAACCUCUGUGGGUCCCAAUCCUGAGUAGGUUGUCAUGUGCAUCAGCCACAUGGUGCAAAUUCUGGAGGUCAUUGCAGAUCUUUGUUCCUCAAGGAUUUCCACCCCCCACCCCACCCCCCAAUGGUCACGGCAAGAAGUCAAAACCUAAACACAAACUAACAUUACACCCUCCAUGUAUUACACAUUUUCUUUAUACGUUGUAACCUUACAGGUGCCAAAAAGGGGGUAACACAACAAAACCAUUCAACCAACCUUAACCUGGACCUUAUGCUGUAAUCAUUUAUUUUAACUGUAUUCUUCUGUAUUUAUAUUUUCCGUAUUUAUGAUGAAUGAUAUGUAAUUUGAUGUAUUUAUUGUGGCUUAUUUCGGCAAUGUAUAUAUAUAUUACAAAAUAAGCAUUUAUAAGUCUUUAAAUUAGGUUAUUUUUUUUCUUAGUGGCACUCGUAUUAUGCUGUAUUUUUACUAUAUAUUGUACAAUAUAUAUUUAUUGUCCAUUUGUUUGCAACAAAGUAAAUCAGGUUUCUACGUUA